AUGGGCUGCAGCACAGGGCCACUUGCGUGCCAACCGCCAGAGAGCCAGUCCCUGGAAACCGGAGGCUCCAAAGUCCCGGAGGUCCUCUCCUCCUUGGAGCGUCUCUCCCAGGCCACGGGAGGCAUGGAGAAGUCUUGGUACCGCUGCAUCUUCCCCUUUGGAAUCAUCUCGUUGGUGAUUGGCGUGGCCGGGACGGGGGUUACCUACGCCUACAAUGACCUGCCCCAGACCAAGGUGGUGUCUCUCGUGCUGUUGGUCACGGGGCUGUUGCUCCUGCUGAUGGCCACUGCCUGCUGGACCGUCCACAAGAAGAAGAGGAGAAAAAAGAAAGAAGGAGGCUCAUUCACCUCGGAGCAGUGUCCACUGUAA